AUGAAAAGAGGAGAUGAAAGAGCAACAAUUGUUGAGGGUGGAAAUGGACUACGAAAUCAUCUCAAUCAACUGAAUUAUCCUACUCUUAUCUUUGUUGAUGAAGAUUCUUCUCUUUAUGUAUCAGAUCGUAAUAAUAAUCGUGUGAUGAAAUGGAGAAAAAAUGCAAAGGAAGGAACUGUUGUUGCUGAUGGAAAUGGUCAAGGAAAAGAAUUAAAUCAAUUGCAUUAUCCCAAUAGUUUAUCAUUUGAUGAUGAAGAGAAUCUUUAUGUUGUUGAUUCUUAUAAUCAUCGAAUAUUAAGAUAUGAAAAAUGUUUUGAUUAG